GGGUGGUCACGUGGCGCAGGCGAGGCGGGAGGGGAACCCGGCAAGAUGGCGAAGGUCUCGGACAUGUACGAUGUCACUUGGGAAGAGAUGCGAGAUAAAAUGAGGAAAUGGAGGGAAGAGAACUAUCGGAACAGUGAGCAGAUAGUGGAAGUUGGAGAAGAAUUAAUUCAUGAAUAUGCAGCUAAGCUUGGCGAUGACAUCUGGAUAAUAUACGAGCAAGUGAUGAUUGCUGCAUUGGACUGUAGUCGGGAUGACUUGGCGCUGUUUUGUCUUCAAGAGCUAAGACGGCAAUUCCCUGGGAGCCAUAGAGUUAAGCGGUUAACAGGCAUGAGAUUUGAAGCCAUGGAGAGGUAUGAUGAUGCCAUCCAGCUAUAUGACAGGAUUUUACAAGAAGAUUCAACUAAUACUACAGCAAGAAAGCGUAAGAUUGCCAUUCGAAAAGCCCAGGGGAAAAAUGCAGAAGCCAUCCGAGAGUUGAAUGAGUAUCUGGAACAAUUUGUUGGUGACCAAGAAGCCUGGCAUGAACUCGCAGAACUUUACAUCAAUGAACACGAUUAUGCAAAGGCAGCCUUUUGCUUGGAGGAACUCAUGAUGGCUAACCCCCACAACCACUUAUAUUGCCAGCAAUUUGCAGAGGUUAAAUAUACCCAAGGAGGGCUUGAAAACCUUGAGCUCUCAAGAAAAUAUUUUGCACAGGCGUUGAAGCUGAACAACAGAAACAUGAGAGCAUUAUUUGGACUUUAUAUGUCUGCCAGCCAUAUUGCUUCCAAUUCCAAGGCAAGUGCAAAAAUGAAAAAAGAUAAUAUGAAGUAUGCUGGUUGGGCAGCAAACCAAAUAAAUAGAGCUUACCAGUAUGCUGGUCGCAGUAAGAAGGAGACGAAGUACUCUCUGAAAGCUGUAGAAGACAUGUUGGAGGCCCUGCAGAUUACCCAGUCGUAAAUGAUAGCGAAGCUACCCAGUGAUAGAUUUUCUUUCCUCAGCUCCAUGUCCAAACUCAAAUUAUCUAAGAGUUAUGUUAAUUUUAAAUUCCCAGUUGUGUUAACAGUGGUUUCAUGUUAGUGAAAGUGACUCUCUUAAAUAAUGUGUUUUAUAAAAGAUAUAAAAUUCCUAUUUAUUGCUGCUAUGAUGAAAAGCCACUGAAAUGAAUAAAAAGAAUAAAUUUAUUGAACAUCAGUCUCUUCAGAUCUUGUAUGUACAGUAAAUGCUUAAGCCAUAACAUGAUGUAGAAAUAAACUUAAGUGAUGAUAAAGCAGAAUUAUUUAUUGAACAUAUGUAGGAGUGCUGGAGACCUGUGCUUAAAAAUGAAUACCAUAUGGGGCAUAAAAUGUUCUAACAGAACAGUUGAUGAAGCUGCGGUAAAGUUAUACAUGCACUAAGCAGUUCUUUACCGAACAAGGGCUGACCUUAUAUUUCCUCCUGAACACAUCGUAUUUGCAAAAUAAUGGUAAUAUCAAUGUUAUUGCUAUGCCUUUCUGUUCUAAGAUAGUAGUUAAAAAUAAGUGUGUCUGUUCAUUAGAUCUUAUGGGAAUCAAUAUCGAUAACAAUAAUAAUAACAACUGUGUCCAAAACUAUAAAGACAAAGCAAAGAUUUUUAAAAAGUUGAAACCAUCAAAUAUCCUCAUAGCUAAAUGAUUUCAAGGCAGCCCUGUCUCCAUGCUGCUACAAAGGUCACUACACAGACCGAGGAACUUUUUAGGCUUAGGAUCUUUCUAGUCACUGAUUCCCACACUACAGUGUUUUAGAAGUGGGAUCAAAUGGAUAGAUAUAUACACAAGUGUGGUUAAAAAAACCCAUCAGAGCAUAUAUUUUAACAUUGGUUUCUUUAAGUAGGUUGAAUCUGAAUCUACUUCAUUUGCUGGUCUGUAGUAAACAACCCAGUUUUGCUCUGUUCUGUUUGUCUCAGAUUCUAUUCAUUUCUUUUGAGUGAAAGGUGUAUCAAAGGCUGUAGAAAAACAGAGUCAAAAGACAAUAUUUUAGCUUCGAUUCUCAGCCCUACAUGUGGAUAUCUGCAGUAAAUUGAAUACUAGUUAUUGAUCCUGUUCAUAGCUUUGGGGAGAAGCAGCACUUUGGUGAGAAAAAGUAAUGCUUUAUUUUCCAGUUCUAGGUGUUCGUUUAAAGCAGGACGCAUGCAACUCCUCCUGGACUAGGAACAUUUCCAGGUCUAAAUACAGUACAGUACUAAAGCAAACUGUUGGAAUUUACUAUGAACACAACCUUUGUGUACAAGGUGCAAAGCUUCUGCCAGCAAGAGGGUGCAGCUUGUUGUUUUCAUUGGAACUGUGGUAUAGAGGAGCAGAAAUGCACAGAAUGUUUUCACUGCUAUGAGCAAGGGGGUAAUUUCCACCUCGGAGACAGGGAGGUGCAGUGGGAGAUGCUCAACAAAUUACUAUUGCAUACUUAAAUGAAUUUGAUUUAAUUGGGCAAGGGACUAAAACGAUGUGCAUAUAACCAAGGGAAGCUUGCAGUUUUGUUUCAUAGCUUGAAGUCCUCAAGCAAUAAAGCAUAUUAGCAAGCCAAUAGUUUAUACAUUUUGUGCUCCCUCAUUUUAGAUGGAGUUAACACUGUAGGCUAGUUUAGACAUGCCAUGCUAUGAUUUUGUGGUAUGUGGGCAGGUUUUUAGUGACUCUUGGAUUCACUCUCUUCCAUGAUCCCCUUCUCCCCUGGUUUGCAGCAAACCACAGUUUGCUUGGGAGAGGGGUGUAUGGACUAGCUGGCACACUGGUUUGCACUUUCCCUGCAAACCAGGACUGGGAACGACAAUUUGAUCCAAUUAUUAUUAUUAUUAUUAUUAUUAUUAUUAUUAUUAUUAUUAUUAUUAUAAAUGUAUUUGAACAUAGAAGGUGAUGGCUGACCGAGUUGUACUCUGAGCAGAUCCACUGAAAUCAAUGCCAUGACUAUUCUACAUUAAUUUAAAUGGUUCUGCUCUGAACCAUACCUAAAGUGAAGUAGGUAGUGAGCCUUACUUAUCAGCAAAAGGGGUGGGAAGGUGAGGAGUGAUGAACCACCUAUUUCGCUCACUCUCCAGGACCUCUUAGCCCAAGAUUGCUACCACUAUUGACACUUUGCUUAGGAGAAAAGUACUUGGGAGACAAAAGUUGUGGAAGGGAACUGCACUCACCCUCUGGCCUCUCACACUAUUAAAAUUGAAUACUUCCCCUUCUCCGUUAUUUGGUUUCUUCUUUGAGCUUAGGUAGCUUGGACUGGCAAGCUAAAAUGAUGCUUGAGAGUGACAUUCACUUACCUAAAUAAAAAAAUUCCUUCCAGUAGCACCUUAGAGACCAACUAAGUUUGUCAUUGGUCAUCUGAAGAAGUGUGCAUGCACACAAAAGCUCAUACCAAUAACAAACUUACUUAGUCUCUAAGGUGCUACUGGAAGGAAUUUUUUUUAUUUUGUUUCGACUACUGCAGACCAACACGGCUACCUACCUGUAACUAUUCACUUACCUACUACUGUUGCAUUUGAGCUACGUUGCUGGAAAAGCUGUAGUCGACUUUGCUGCAAAUGCAUUGGGAGAGUGCUCCAUCUAGAGGACUGAAGUGCAUAAAUGCUGGGUGUUUUUUUAAUUUUUUUAAAAAUCCCAAUUUACAUUUCUAAAACUACCAAUUUUUUCAAAGCUCCCGAGCUUUCUGUUUGUAAUGCAACAUUUCAAAAUGUUGUAUAAGCCACCCAGAGUGGGAAACGUUAAAUAAGUAGACUAGCUGUUGGAAGGAUUCCUUGCAUAUGCUCACAGGUAAUGUAAUUAGCUUUAAUAAUGUAGUUGGGAUGCUGGUGGUUUUACCUCCCAGUGAGUUUUCAGUGCUUCCGCUGCCUGAUCCAAUUGCUAGUCUUCCCCAACUUACUUCUGGGUGUGGUUGGACUAUAGCUCUGUUACCAAUGGUCAGGGAUGAAGGGAACCAUAGUCAAGAACAUCUGGAGAGCACCAGGAUGUGGAACGUUGCAUUAUGCAACUU